GCCAAGAUGGCAACGACCAUCACUCAUGACGCCUCCACAAACGAGCCAUUUAUUCCUAUGCGGAUUGCCUUCAUUCACCCAGACCUGGGUAUUGGUGGCGCAGAGAGGCUCGUCGUUGAUGCAGCGGUCGGUCUACAGAGCCUUGGUCAUAAGGUGACCAUGUAUACGUCUCAUCACGAUCCUACACAUUGCUUUGAAGAAACACGCGAUGGUACACUAACGGUGCAAGUUGGCGGGAAUGCCAUUGUCCCUCGGACUAUCCUUGGUCGUUUUUACAUCAUUUGUGCUAUUCUCAGGAAUCUACAUCUGGCAUGGAUAGUCUUGCAGCUCAACAACAAUACUCCUCCAAAAGAGAAACUCGAUAUUAUUAUCGUGGAUCAGCUUUCUGUCUCUAUCCCUCUUUUGCGUUGGACAGAUGCCAGGAUCUUUUUCUAUUGCCAUUUCCCAGAUAAACUCUUAACAAAACGCGAAUCACUUUUAAAGAAAAUUUAUCGCGUUCCAGUGGAUUUUAUUGAGGAAGUAACAACAGGCAUGGCAGACACAAUUGUAGUCAACAGCAAGUUUACAGCCAAUAUCUUCAAAGAGUCUUUCAAAAUGCUUCGCCAGAUACCUGAAGUUCUCUACCCUAGCAUCCAAUUUGACAAAUUUGACAAAGAGGUGAAUUACUCAGCACCAGAUAUCAAAAUCCUAACUUCAUUUUUGUCACCAGUAUCCAACAACAAUAAUAUCAACAACAACAGAACAGAAAAGAUUACGUUCUUGUCUAUUAACCGAUACGAACGCAAAAAGGAUAUCAAUUUAGCCAUUCACGCCUUUGCAGGACUAUUGAAGGACAAGUAUCUCAGCGUUAGCACACAACAAUCACUUCGUUUAGUCAUCGCAGGAGGAUAUGAUACCCGAGUAACCGAGAAUGUGGAGCAUCAUUUAGAGCUGGUUAACUUGGCGGAGAAGAUACAUGGACUCAGAACAUUCACUCUCUCUUCUGGACAAACCGAUACGCAGGUGCCAGUGGAGACACAGGUCUUAUUUCUGCAAUCCAUCACGGAUGCUCAGAAACUUUACCUUCUACAGACUGCACGUGCGUUAUUAUAUACACCUACUAAUGAGCAUUUCGGAAUUGUGCCAGUGGAGGCCAUGUACAUGCGAUGCCCCGUCAUUGCUGUCAAUUCAGGAGGGCCCACAGAGUCGAUCUUACAUGGCAAAACGGGUUACCUGUGUUCAGCUCAGGAACAUGUUUGGACGAACACACUUAAACUAUUAGUCAAAGCUUCGGAAGAAGAACUAAAGGAGAUGGGCCAGACAGGACAUGAUCGUGUAGUUAGCUUGUUCUCGUUGACCGUGUUUGUCUCCAAACUAAAUGGAAUCCUUGUGCAGAUGCAGCAACAGAGUUCCUAUGAGCUGAAAUCAUAUGGUUUAUUUGAUAGCAGUAUGAGGCCCCUCUUUAUCUUUUCUGUCUUGAGCAUUGUGCUGGCCAUCAUGCUUUACCACUGACGCUAGGGAUGCUUGGACCAGUCGUUAAAUGUUAUCCUUUAACAAUAAAGAUAUCAGGC